GGCUUUGCCUUUGCUUGCACGGACACACACUCUCUCAAAAACAACACUUAGAAAACAGAGACAAAGCAAAAGCUCUCUCUCACUCUCACUCUCACUCUCUCAAAAAUCAAUCAACCCCAUUAAUCCGAUAUUCACAAAGGGCUUGCUUUCUUCUUCAACUCACUCUCGCUGAGAACAGGGCAUCAUUGGGGUUUUAAGGGUUUAUAGUGAUCAAGGUUUGGCCAUGGAGUCUUCAAAGAAGAGGAAGAGAAGAGGUGAUGGAGUGUCUGUGGCUGAGACAUUGGCCAAGUGGAGGGACUACAAUGCUCAGGUUGAGUCUUCGGCCAAACGUGCACGUAAGCUUCCGGCUAUGGGGUCAAAGAAGGGGUGUAUGAAAGGGAAAGGCGGUCCUGAGAAUCCACAUUGCAAUUAUAGAGGGGUUCGGCAAAGGACUUGGGGUAAGUGGGUUGCGGAGAUACGUGAGCCUAACAGAGGAAAGAGGCUUUGGCUUGGCACAUUUGAGAAUGCUGUUGAUGCUGCCACUGCCUACGAUGAAGCUGCUAGGGUGAUGUAUGGUGCCUAUGCACACCUCAAUUUUCCGGAGUCUGUGUCUACAAUAGCUGGCCCUACUCCUGUGGAAUCUGAGGUUUCUGCUGAUGAGUCUACUGCCACGCCUAGUACAAUCGAGUCCACUGCCAUGCCUAGUACAAGUGAGUCUACUGCCAUGCCAACUACAAGUUGUUUGGUAGAGGAUGAGUCAACAAGCUAUUCUGAAAAUGAACAUUUUGAUGUGCAAGAACUUAUGGCUCUGUUAGACAAUGAUCCUCUUGGCUUCAUGGACUCAGAACUGAGUUUUGGCUAUAAUGGUGAUCAACCUGGACUCCCUGUCACUGAAGCUGCUGUGCCAAGUACAAGUAAUUUGGCAGAGACAGAAACUAAUGAGCCUACUGGUGUGGAUAGUGGACAGCAGUACUUGCUGGAUUUUUCUAUAGAUGACUUUUUUGUAGAUCUCUGAUAAAUUUGUAUUUACAUACUGGUUUACUAUAUAAUUUUUCAUUUUAAUUUUCCCAUUCUUUUGUUCUUCCUCCUUUCUCUUUAUUUUAUUAUAUUUUCAUCUCAACUAAUAGGUUUCUUUAUGUUUCUAUUAUUUUGUUUUCUUCUCAACUGAUAGAUUCCUAUAAUUGCCUGUUAAUGUUAACUCUGAAUACUCAUUCCUAUGGUUUGUGAUGCUGUUAAGAUCAGUUAUUUUUUCUGUUA